AUGCAUCAGCACCUGAACCGGAGGACCCCCCACCAGAGCUCCAAGAUCGUCAGAUCCAGAUCCGAAUCCGUCCGUCCGUCGAUCCGUCAGAUCCGUCGAUCCAGAAUCCAGAUCCGUCAGAUCAGGAGAACAGGCGAAGGAAUGGCUUCCAGCAGCGGCCUUUCCUCACUUGAGCAAGGGCUGAAUGUCCUGGGAGCGUUUACGAUUCUUUGGCUGUUUCUCCAGAUUGCGUUGGUUGUAGGACGUGGCGUCAGACUGUAUGUGCUGUCUGAGAAAUGGAAAGGGGUGGAUGUUGCUUCCUAUGGGCCUUGGGCAGUGGUGACUGGAGCUACAGCUGGUAUUGGAAAAGCCUUUGCCCAUGAGCUUGCUAAGAGAGGCCUCAACGUGGUCCUCAUCAGCCGUUCCCUGGACAAACUGAAGCAGACGGCUGCCGAAAUAGAGCAGCAGCACGGCCGAAGCACCAGAGUGAUCCGGACAGAUUUCACGGGGGGUUCGGAAAUCUACGAGCCCAUCCGAGCUGCUUUGGAAGGCCUGGAGAUUGGCAUUCUGGUGAACAAUGUUGGUAUCACCGGCUUUCAUAUUGGGCCCUUUCUGAGUUUCCCCAACUUGGACAAGUAUACAAAUGACGCUGUGAAUUGCAACAUGCUUUCAGCUGUGAAGAUGACACAGAUGCUCCUUCCUCAGAUGGUGGCCAGGGAGAAGGGAAUUAUCAUAAACGUGGCCUCUGUUGCUGGCCGACGUCCUUGGCCUUUCAACUUGUUAUAUGGUGUCACCAAGACAUUCGUUGAUUUCUUCUCACAAGGUCUGGAUGCGGAGUAUGGACCCAAAGGCAUCAAAGUGCAGAGACUAUCUCCUGCUGAACAAAUGUUUGAAAAGAUAAUGGCAACCCAGGAAGCAACAAAAGACAGACUGGGUAAAAUUGAAGAGGAGCUGAUGGCAGUUAAAAAACUAGAAGAGGCCUUCCUACAGGUGUAUACGUAUGAGUUUGUGUAUAGGGCUGCCCCCGUUCCGGAGAUCAUCGGCGUGGAAUGUGUUGGCCUGGAGUGGCUGGCCUUGGAGAGGAUGGCUGUCCUCUUGGUUGGGAUUGCCCGCCGCUUCUCUGGGACCGGAGCCAAAGCAAGGUGUGGUCGCGGGGAUGCCAAGCUUACUCCCCGGAGGUGCCGGCAUUUCCAGUGUGGAGUACCUCCAGGGGGCAUUGCUAUCCCAGCUAUUAUUUAA